UUUUGGCCUACGUUCUUGUGGUGUGACAAUCCUUGGCUACGGGAAGUAGGGGGAGCUGUGCUUACAAGAAAGAAAUAUCAUCGGAUCCGAGUGUGCGCGUUAGCCGAGCUACACAUUCAGCGAACUGGGGUAGCAUCAUACUCUAUCGCUAUCCCGUCUCCAUUAGGGGAAACCAAGCACCACACCAGACCUAAGCUGGGCCGAUGGGGUUUGGCAGUUUUUCUUGGAUCGCCACCACUGGGGAUUGCGGAGGAGAUGCGGGUAAAGCGGGAGCUGGAUCUACGGCAUCAACUGGAGUUACAACAUCAAUAU